UUUCCCCACCCUCAGCUCUAUGAGAUGUUCUACUCAGUGAUGAAAUACCUGCCAGGACCACAGCAACAGGCAUUUAAGGAGCUUCAGGGGCUGGAGGACUUCAUAGCCAGGAAGGUGGAGCAGAACCAACACACACUGGAUCCCAACUCUCCACGUGACUUCAUUGACUGCUUCCUCAUCCGCAUGCAGGAGGAACAGGAAAAGCCCAACACAGAGUUCUACAUGAAGAACCUGGUGCUGACCACGCUGAACCUCUUCUUUGCUGGCACCGAGACGGUUAGCACAACCCUACGUUAUGGCUUCCUGCUGCUCAUGAAGCACCCAGAUGUGGAAGCCAAGGUCUAUCAGGAGAUUAACCAGGUGAUUGGCAAGAACCGUCAGCCCAAGUUUGAGGACCGGGCCAAGAUGCCCUACACAGAUGCGGUAAUCCAUGAAAUCCAAAGAUUCGGAGACAUGCUCCCCAUGGGCUUAGCCCGCAGAGUCACCAAGGACACCAAGUUUCGGGACUUCCUCCUUCCCAAGGGCACCGAAGUGUUUCCUAUGCUGGGCUCUGUGCUGAGAGACCCCGAGUUCUUCUCUAACCCCCAAGAUUUCAACCCCCAGCACUUCCUGGAUGAGAAAGGGCAGUUUAAGAAGAAUGAUGCUUUUGUGCCCUUCUCCAUUGGAAAGCGGAACUGUUUUGGAGAAGGCCUGGCUAGAAUGGAGCUCUUUCUCUUCCUCACCAACAUCAUCCAGAACUUCCGCUUCAAGUCCCCACAGUCACCCCAGGACAUCGACCUCUCUCCCAAACAUGUGGGCUUUGCCACCAUCCCACCAAACUACACCAUGAACUUCCUGCCCCGCUGAGCUAGAGUGGUGCCAGGGCAGGGCUAUUGGGAGGACCUAUUGGGGUGGGGCCAUGGGAGGAGCUAGUGGGAGGAGGAGGGCUAAGGAUCAAGGGUGAGCUGGAGGAAAAUCGGAAGGGGCAAGGUGGAUAGAAAGAGAAAGAAGACACAGAUGCACUCUGUAACAACUUAGUAUAUUAUUAUAUAAUAUGAAUGGCUCUGGGCCAGCCGAGUGGCUCGUUGGUUAAGAGUUGGCUUGGGAGCGUGA